UUUCACGCUCUGCCCGUACAAAAUAUUAGCCACAGAAGAAGUGUUUACGCGACUUGGAUAGGAUAAAUCUUACGGAUGAUAAACUAAAGUAAAGUUGAUGGUGUUUAAUCAGUACUUCUUCGUGAAGUAGUCAGUGAUUUUAAAGGGUUUAUCAUGGAGUCUGAGUUGCUGAUUGACUGGGAUGCAGAACGGGUGGAGUUAAAGGCAGAGUUAUCCAGGCUGGAGGAAGAGCUGGCAGAGAGUCGAGCAGAGACAGAGGAACUUCGAUCUCGAUCGAAUGUGCUAACUGAACGGUUGUCUCAGACAGUAGACUCAUCCAUAUCUCUUCGUUGGGAAAGUGAGCAGAGAGAGUGGAGAAAGAAAUUGACAGAGGGAAAAGAGCGAGAAUCAAGACAGGCACUACUCAUCCAGAAACUGCAGCAGAAGGUGAUGGAGUACAGGUGUCGCUGUGAACAUCUGCAGCAGCACAUGAUGACCAAGGAGAGAGAAAUGAGAGUCCGAGAGAGAAUUUUGCAAGAUGAGCGCGGCGAUAAUCUGGAGACCACCCUCAUCAGGCUGGAGGAGGAGCAGCAAAGGAGUGUAACACUGGUCGAAGUCAAUGCACUCUUGCGCAGUCAGCUCAGCCAAUCAGCAGAAGCAAACCAAGCACUGCAGGAUGACUUGAAGAAUCUGACUGCUGAUUGGUCCAAAGCAGUGGAGCAAGCAGGGCAAAAAGAAAUAGAUUGGAACAAAGAGAAAGAGAUUUUCUCUGGGUAUUUAGAAGCAGAGGGCUCAAGGUUAAUGUCGCUCUGGAGCAGAGUCGUAGCUCUCAGACGACAGUGUCAUGCGGUCAAAGUUGCAACAGACAAAGACUUAUGGGAACUGAGAGCAGAGUUUACUCGCCUGUCAUCCACUUUUCUCUCUUUAAAUGUUCUUCCUGCUCUCUCUUCAAAUCAUUCUCCUCCUUCUCCUCCUCCUCUCUCCUACACUUCUGGACCGAUGACUCUGGCAGAGUUAGAUCAUGAUGUGAACAUGGAGAAGCUCAAAAGCAGGAUUGAUGAAUUGACAGCUAUUAUAAAGUCUCAGGUGCUGGAGAGACAGAGGCAGGAUGAGGCAAUGAGGAGCAGCAACAAAAAAGAACGAGAGCUCCAGCAGGGGAAAUACAGAGAAAUGGAGAGAAAAUUAGAAUCAGUUACACAGGCCAUUAGAAAACUGUACAGGGUUCUGGGUUCUCAGAGGUCAGAUGGACACAAAAGAGUUUUUCCUGAUCCUGGUGUGUUCGGUGAUGAUCUCCACUCUGUCCUGUGGGUUAUUGCUGAGGCUGAGAGUGCCAUCCAGUGGGGACACCAAGAACUGCAGGAUGCUGAGGGGAAGUGGCGCAGGUUGAGAGUGGAGACAGAAUCACUGCAGCAGCAACUCGCAGAGCUUCAAAAUGAGAGGGCGGAUUUUCAGAAACAAGCCAGUUUGGAAGCUCUGGAGUUAAAGCACACACGGAGCUUACUGGACAGUGAAAAAGAAACAACAUUGAAUUUAAAGAGGCAGCUGGAUGAAUCUGAGCGCCGCAGUGAAGAUCUGAAGAAAGAAAAUGUACGGUUGAUACAGCAGAGAGAGAAGGAGGAUGAGGAGAGGAGUGGAAUUGAGAGAGAGCGACACAGACGAAUGGAGCUAGACCUUGUGGAAAAUGCCCAUUUGUGCGAGCAACAGAGUCGCACUCGUGUAGAGCUACAUACGCUGCAGGUGGCACUGGAGCAAGAGAGACUGGAAAAGGCGAGUGCAGAGAAAGAGUUGGCAGACACCAGGGAUGCUUUAGUCAAGACACGUGAGUCUCUGCUCUCGCUCUCCUCUACACACACUUUGCUGGAGAGAGAAGCUGAAGAUACCCGUGAUUCUUUGGUGAAAAUGGCUACCUUGAACGAGUCACUGACACAGGAUAAAAGAGAGCUCAGUGUCCGAAAUCUUCAGUUGGAGGAGGAGGUGACUGAAUCUCAACUGCAGCUGCAGCAGUUCAGAUCAGAUGUAGCAUCUCUGCAGAAGGAGUUGAAUGCUGUUUCAGUGGAAAACACAGAGUUAAGGGCUUGCCGAAAUGCGGAUCUGGACUCCCUUCAUCUGCUUAGAGGAAGGGAAAAAGAAAUGGAGGGCGAACUGCAGAUACUGAUAGAGGAAAGAGAGAGAGAAUCUAAUGCUCUCACUGAUGAGAAAAGGAAAAAUGAGCAGUUGUCCGAACAGUACAGAAUUGUGUGUGAGGAGUUGCGUACACUGAAGGUGAAGCUGGAUAAAGAGAUGGACCAAGACAAGAGAGCACAGAGAGAGAGAGAGGAGCUGCAGAGAGAAAUACAGAGACUGGAGGAACAAGUGCACAGUAUAGGGCAAGAGAAGGUGGAAAUAAAACAGGACCGAGAGGACCUCAGGAAUUUGAGUGGCAGCCUCCAGCAGCAGCUAUGUGUGACAAAGGAACAGAUUUCUGCACUUGAGGUUCAGAAUACACAACUGCAAAUGCAGGUUCACACACUCCAGCAGGCCAAGGAUGUUCUACAUGGAGAGAUAAAGUGUCUUCAGGCUGAGCUGGAGAGAAACUCCUUCCUGAGGGAGGACGAGAGAAGAGAAGCAAGUAAAGAACAGAUGCGGAGUGAAAACGAGAUUGAAAACUGUCAGUUGGAGAUCAGGAGGUUGAAUGCAGAAGCCCAAACUUCAAUGAACAACCACAGAAUACAUGAGGAAGACAGAGAAAAGUGGCAAAGAGAAAGAGAGGCUCUGAACUCUGAGCUGGGACUGAAAGAUGGGGAGAUGGGGGCUUUAAAAAACAGGAUGGACGGAUUGGUGAAAGAAAAUCAAAAGCUUGCAGUCCUGAUUGGUGAAAAAGACGGUGAUAUGGAGAGACUGUUAUCAGAAAUCAGGGGCCUGGAUUUGCAGAUGCAAGAGGCGAAAGCUGAGAUGGAACAAUGGAGGGAGAGAGUGAUAGACAUUGAGCGAGAGAAGGAGGGACUUUUGGAAAGAGUGAAGCAGGACAGUGAAGAUUUGAAAAUAAGUGAAAAAGAGAGUGCCAAGAUGGCUGACAUUUUAAAAAUGAGAGACAUUGAGAUAGAUGAGAACAGUAAACACAUAGAGGAGUUAAUAGAGAACAUAAGAUUGCAGAACAGCUUAAUUGAAAACCUAAAAAUAGAGCUUAAAGAAGAAGAGGUGGGAAUAGCUGCUAAAAUAAACAAAGAGAAAAUAAAACAAAAAGAAAUGGAGGUUGAGGAGAGAGAAAAAGAACUGAAGCUGAAAGGAGAGCUAAAAAGUAAAGUAAAUGAAUUAGAAAGACUCAAAGACAAUGUGGAAGAAUUGAAGAUGGAGAAGCAACACAUGUCUCAUCUUCUGCAGGAAAGCGACACUUACUUAGAAAAACUUAAGAACAAAGUGAUAGAUCUGGAACAAACAAAGAGAGAAACACAGGAUGAGAUGGGGUGGUGGAAGAAAAAGGCUGGGGAUGUGGCAAGAGAAAAUGAAGUACUAAUGGAGAGAGUGGAAAACCACAUUUCUGUUGAACGAGAGAGGGAUGAAUUGGCAGACCGACUGAGAGAAAGAGACAAAGAAAUAAAAAAACUGAAGACAAAUGAACAUGAUAUGCUGAGUGACUAUGAGCGGAUGAAGGAGGAGCUCAGAGAACAAGGGAAAGAGCUGAAGCAGAGAGAGAGAGAGGUAGAAGAACAUAGAAAUACAAUAGUAAAGAUGAUGAAAGAAAAAAACGAGCAGGAGAAAUGGAAAAUGCAGCUACAUGAAUUGAAAAAAGAGAAGAUGAGUCAAGAAGAAAAGAGGAAUCAACUGGAGGAAGGAAAAGAGAAGAUGAAGGAAGAGAUUAAUGUGCUUAGAGUGAAGAUUGGUCAACUGGAUGGAGAGAACAGAGAAUUUGAAAGGAAAGUGCUAGAGCAAAAAGGUCAACUCCAAAUCCAGACCAUUCUUCUGAAGGAAAGAGAGAUGGAUGUAAACCAAAUGAGAGAGACUUUAGAAAAAAAAGAACAGCAGGAAAAUGAGGAACUGAUGACAUUAAAAGAAAAACUGAAGGAAACAGAAUUGGUCCAGGAAAAAGAAAGAAAUAUACAUAAGGAAUAUGAACUGAAACUCCAGCUGGCACGAGAAAAAAUAGAUCAAUUGGAAGGAAAAGUGAAAGAACUGGCGCUAAAGAGCAAAAGUUUGACACAAGAGGCAGACGUGGCGAGAACAAAACUUGGGGAUCAGUUUAGAGAAUUGGAGAACAUGUCUGUGCUUCUGCAAGAAAAUGAAGAAAAUGUUAAGAGAUUAAAAUUGAGAAUGGAAAGUGGGGAUGAGGAAAAUGAAAAACUUAAGAUGUCUCUUAAAGAAAUGAAGGGAGAGAUGGAGAGACUGAAGAUCGAACUGACAGAAAGAAAAGAAGAUGAAGUUUUGAGGUUAGAGCUAGAACAACAAAUUCGAGAUCUUGGAGAAGACUUAAGGAGGAAAGAUGGAGUUAUUGAUGCUUUGAAGGUGAAAACAGAAUUCAUUCUGAAGCAGAAAGAAGAGGCGCUAAUAGAAGCAAACAAAAAUAAAGACGCAAUGUCAACAGAGGUGACAAAGCUAAGAGAAGAAGUAACUCUGCUUUCUGUGAGCAAAGAGAAGGCAGAAACAAUGGUGAAGGAACGAGAUAUAGAGAAUAAAAAUAUAAAAGAUGGACUAAAAGCUGGAUUGGAAGAGAUGGUCACUCUGAAGGAGCUGCUGGAGGAGAGCCAUUGUGAAGGAGAAAAACUCAGGAAGAUCUUGGAAGAGAAAAAGAAUGAGAUGAUAAAGGGAAGAAAGGAGGAAGUCAGAGCAGCACGAGAAGAAACAGAAUAUCUCAAACUCAGAGUUCAAAUACUCCAAAAGAAGAAUCAAGAACUUCAGGCACAGCUGUGGAUCAGGGAGGAAAAUGACAGUAAACUGAACUGUGACGUUAAAGACAUAAAUGAUAUGGAGCUAGAGGCGCAGGAGACCCUGAAGAUCACACUGGAGGAAAAUGUAAAGGAUAAAAUUGAUGAUCUAAAAAAAGGUGAAGAAUUGUUGAAAGAUGAGGAAAAUAAAAGACUAUGUCAGCUGAAGGACAAUAGUUCCGAACUUAUUAGUGAGAAACUGAAAGAGGAGGAGAGUGAGAUUAACAGAAUGAAGAAUACCUUGGAGGAGCGAGAAAUUGCCAUGCUGAAUAGUAAAAUGGAAAUGAAAAAGAUAAGCUUUGAACUUGUCAAAGAUGAACUGGGAGAGAAGAGUUUUACUAUGAGUGACACUACGAAGAAGGAAAUGGAGGCAACUAAAAAGAUAAAACAUGUAAAAAAACAAAGUGCUAAAAAAAUUAUGUUUGCUCCAGAAAUUCUUCCUGAAAAAGAAAGAGAGUUGAAAAUCAUUCCAGAAUUUAAAGAAGAACAUGCAAGGCAUAUGUUAGGGGAACAACUCGGGGAUUCACAAAUGGAGACAGACAUUCUGAAAAGGCAGAUGGAAAGAGAAAAACAAAAUGUAAUUACAAAUCUGGAGAAAAAUGUGGAGAAGAUACACAGCCAGUUUCAAGAAAACUUUAUAAUCGUAAAUGCACAGACAAAAAAGGACUUUCAAAUGAAGGAAUUACAAAGUCACACUCGAAUGGCCGUGAAUACAGAAUUACAACCAGAGGUAUAUGAUUUAAAGAAGGAAGCAGACAAGCUCAGGAAAGACCGAGAUCGCUUAAGAACAGAACUGGAAAAUGCGAUGGCAAUGCUAAUUCUUUAUCAAGAAAAAGCAUAUCAGCUGGAAAAAAAUGUGCAGGUGGUGAGCAGCUGUGAAGAGGAAUCACAGGGACGUAUGUGUGCCCUGCAAAGAGGUGUGGCUGAGCUGGAACUGAAACUAAUGAAAUUACAACAGAGAAAUGAACGGCUAGAACAUCGUAUUGAGAAGCUGAGAUUGGAGAAAAUGAACCUACGAGACACUUUAAAACAGGUUGAGCUAGAGAGGGAGAAAUUGAGAUGUCAACUGUUACAGUCAGAUGCUGAACUACAGGAUUGCAGCAGUCCUUCUGGAACCAGUGAGUUGAAGUGUCUGAGAGCACGAACAAGUGAACUGACUGCACAGGUUCACCAGUUACAUCUGCUGCUGGCUUCAGAUCAUCAGGAACGGGCAGACUUUAUUGACCAGUCCUUGAGGAAUAGUAAAUCACUACAAACACUGAGGCAGGACCUGAAUGACUCUCUCACAUUGGUGUCCAAGCAGCUUGCCCCUUCGAUUUUGGAGUGUGAGACACAAAGACUGGACAGGAGCAUAAGAGGAGAACAGCUCAAGAUGUUUCUCAGUCACUGUUAAUGAACUAAUGAGGUUUCUUAUCAUUGCAGAUGGGUAACAGUCAUUUUAGUUAGCUACAGUGCCUUGCAUAAGUAUCCACACCCUUAAGCUUUUCCAUAUUUCUGGUGUUACCGCCUGGAACUGAAAUUGACCUAAUUGUGAUUAAAUGUCAUGAAUCUAAAAGAAAUAGCCAAUAAUAUUGUUGAGGUGAAUCAAUAUAGUUUGCUAUAAUUAUUUACAUACAACAUAAAAAGCUGUGAUGGCAUAAGUAUUCACCUCUGUUACUGUGAAACCACUAAAUUUGUUUUGGUGCAUCAGUUGCCAUCACAUAAUUAGUUGAAUGGAUUUGACCUGUCUGCAAAUAAAAUGUCACAUAAUCUCAAUAUAAUUAAACCUGUCUCUGGAAGGUCCCAGACAACAUUCUUAAUCAACUAGCAUCAUGAAGAUCAAACAGCUUUAUUUUUAGAAAAAGAAUCUCUCAAGCUUUGAACAUUAACAAGUUAUUAAAACUUGGAAAGAACAUGGCACAUCUGUGACUAUGCCUAGAGGAGGCCAUCCACCACAAUUCAGUGACCAGAUAAAGAGGGAAAUCAGAAAAGCAACCAAGAAGCCAAGGGUUGCAUGCAACAUGAUGCUCCCAUCACUAUGCUUCACUGUGGGAAUGGUGUUCUCAGGGUCAUGAGCAGUGCUGGGUUUUCGACAAACAUUUGUGCCAAUACCAAAAAGUUAAACGUUGUUCUGCAGUCUAAAGACAUGCUUUUUGGCAAACACCAAAUGGGUUCUCAUAUGAUUCAUCUCUCUUCUCAUAAAGUCCACCUUUACAGAGUAUUCAUGCUAUGGUUGUCCUGUGAACAGCUUCUCCCAUCUGAGCUGUGGCUCUCUCCAGUUCCUUUAGAGUUACCCUUGGCCUUUUGGUGGCUUCCUGGUGGUCAUGGUGUAUACUUAUGCAACACUUAGUCACUGUACCUUUAAGAUUCAAUUAUCUGAUUUACCAGUCUUAUUUGGUAUAUUGGUCACCUUUAGACUUUAACUGUUUUAGCAGGGAAAAGCACAAUUCUGUUAUUUACUUAACCAAACCUGUAUUUGUGUAUUUAUUUAUUUAAAACCAUUUAGGCAAGUAAAUAUUUUAAUUUGUAAUGUUUUUAUUUUUUAUUUUUAAUGUUCAGAGGUUAUUUGUAAAGUCUGGGGGGGAAAAAUACCUAAAAAUGCAUAGAUUUUGCCUGUAAAAAUAGUUACCCUAUUCUUUGUUUUCAGAAUGAUGACAGUGUGAACCUUAAUCCGGGCAGACUCUGGCUUCAUAAAGCCAUAUGGAACCUAACUGCUUUCCAUUCAGGAUAAUAUUAAUCUUGCAGUCAUACAGUAACGUGUGCUUACCAGCCACUUUAUUACAAACACCUGAACACUGGUGCAGUCUUGUAAUUAUCCAAUCUGCAAAUCAUGUGGCAGCAUCACAGUGUAUAAAAUCAUGCAAAUCAAUAGCUUCAAUUAAUAUUCACAUCAAACAUCAGAAGAGUGGGGGGGGGGUUAAUGAGCAGCAGGAGGAACAUGUGUAGUUCGACAGAGGAAGAGAACAUAGAGUAUUAAGCAUGCUCUUAUCCUGUAGUAGUUUAAGUGGAUGUACAUUGUGCGCAGAGUUCAAGCAAGGAUGCCGACAAGGCGAGCUAUGACAUCGUAACUAAAAAAUGAGCUAGAAGGCAUGAGGGCACCCUGGGAUAUAAAGCAGCCAGCCACUCCACCCUUAACAAACUUGAGUGAAGAGUGGAGCGUUACAGCUUCCACAUAUCCUGGUUAACCAAAACACUAUGCCCAUGAACCCUCCAGAUCUUUGCCAAUACCUAUAAGAAAUUCUAUUAACAAAAGACUUGAUUAAACAAUUAUGUUUUCAGCCUAGACUUAAAAAUCGGGACUGUGUCUCGAAAGAGUCCCGAAAAAGAAUUAGAAUGCUGUUCCAUAACUGUGGGGCUUUGUAAGAAAAAGCUCUUCCCUUACUGUUUUUGUUUUUAUUCGAGGUACCAAAAAGAGCCUGCAUCAGCCUACAGGUCUGGCGGAUCAUAAAAGACAAAAAUGCCAUUCGGAUAUUGUGGUGUUCUACCAUUCAGUGCUUUAUAGGUCAUUAGUAGUAUUUUUUAAUCAGUGCAAAAUUUUACUGGGAGCCAGUGCAGUGUGGAUAAGUAAGAAGUGAUGUCAUCUUCUGGUUCUAGUAAGUACUCUGCUGCUGCAUUCUGGAAUAACUGGAGCUUGUUUUAUGUACCUACUGGAACAUCUACAAAGCAAGGCAAUUAUAAUAGUCCAACCUAGAGGUGACAAAACGUGAACUAGCUUUCCUGCAUCUUUCCUGUGGCAUAACCAUUAUAAACAUUAUAUAAACAUAAACAUUAUUUUUGUUAAUGUCCAUUAGGGUGGAGAGAUAUGCUGUGUCUUGGGUGUGUAUCCAUGAUGAACAAACAGGAGUGUAGUCUCCUCAGUGUAGUCCCAGGUAGCUUGUUACAGGCCACCACAUUGUGAAAUAUUUGCUCUAUUUCCAGAAAAAUUCUCAUAACCUCAGUUAGUUCUCUGGUAUCCAUGUUUCACUGGUAAUUGAUGAGCUAUGAUUGUUUAUUUCUAGAAUACGGUAAUACACAAUGAGAUUCACUGUCCUCAGAAGCAUUUGUCGAAAUCUGAUUUCCAAACACAUAUUCCCGACGUUAUUAAAUUUAAAUUUUGCCCACAGUCAUCGUUCGGAUUCAGGUUGAAUGCAAAUAAAGUAUAUCCAUUCAGGUCA